CUUGGGAGGUAUUUUCCAAAGGUAUUUCCAAAGGAUUUGCAGACCUGGUGUGUAUUAUACAGGCUGGAUUAUACAUAGGAAGAGAAAUGGCUUGUUAAAAUGGGAUUUCAUCCUCACCAGCUAAUGCAGGAGAUGCCUGGCAUGCCCCUGGAAUGCCAGCAGCAAAACGCUGAGUGAGCAGCCAUGGCCAGGCUCCUCGUCACCUGCUGCCUGGUGGCCCUGCUCCUCGGCGCCUGGACCGACGUCGCCUUCUCCAAGAAAGGCAAAGGCAAACCCAGCGGAGGCGGCUGGGGCACGGGGAGCCACCGCCAGCCCAGCUACCCCCGCCAGCCCGGCUACCCCCAAAACCCCAGCUAUCCUCAUAACCCGGGGUACCCCCACAACCCAGGGUACCCCCACAACCCGGGGUACCCCCACAACCCGGGGUACCCCCACAACCCGGGGUGGGGCCAGGGUUACAACCCAUCCAGCGGAGGAAGCUACCACAACCAAAAACCGUGGAAACCCCCCAAAUCCAAGACCAACUUCAAGCACGUGGCCGGGGCAGCAGCGGCGGGCGCCGUGGUGGGAGGUUUGGGGGGCUACGCCAUGGGACGUGUCAUGUCGGGGAUGCACUACCGCUUCGACAGCCCCGAUGAGUACCAGUGGUGGAAUGAAAAUUCAGCCCGUUAUCCCAACCGCGUUUACUACCGGGAUUACAGCAGCCCCGUCACGCAGGACGUCUUCGUCGCCGACUGCUUUAACAUCACGGUGACCGAAUACAACAUCGGACCCGCCGCCAAGAAGAACACCUCGGAGGCUGGGCCGGCAGUCAACCAAACAGAGAUGGAGAUGGAGACCAAGGUGGUGACGAAGGUGAUCCGGGAGAUGUGCGUCCAGCAGUACCGCGAGUACCGCCUGGCCUCCGGCAUCCGGCUGCAUCUCGCCGAUGCCUCCCUCGCCGCCCUCCUCCUCCUCACCCUCUUCGCCAUGCACUGAUGUGCCCCAGAUCCUGCGGCUUCAAGAUGUCACCUGUGUCCCUGUGGGACCCCAUGAACCCCACCCCCCCCCCCCCCAGUUCUUGCUUGAGAUCAUCUUUGGCGAAGAGUCCUUGGGGCGCACCGGGCACCGACGCUCCCCAUCACCUCCCUGGAGGCUCCAGUUUAGGCAACUGGAUGAAAAUUUCCUUCUCCACCCCAAACGUGUCCCUGGCAUGGCAGGACAGUGAUGGAGCUGGAUGCCCAAAAAGGUGGCCUUUACCACGUCCUCCUCCUCGGGGCCACCCUGAGAGGGACGGGGCAGAGAGGAGCUCACCCGGUCCUCGGCAUCCCUGCAAGAGCAUUUCUGAAAAUCCUCUUUGCUCACAAGCAGGGUUUUACCUAAUCACCUUAGUCCCGCUGCCACCAAAAUCCCUUUUCCCUGGGCACGCCACGGCAUUGCACCAGAGCACCUAUAUACCCCACAGGGGUUUGGUGAGGGUCAUAUAUGGCUUUUUCAAGCAACAAGUUGCCAGGUUGCAAUUUUAACCCUUCAGUCCUAAAAAAAACCCUUCCAUGUGUACAUACAGACCUGCCCGCUCAGCACCUUGCAUGCUGCAAAUACCUCCUGCAGCAAUACACAAAACUAAAGUGAUUAUUUUCCGCUCCCCCCCCCCCCCCAACAAGGCUGAAGCCCCAGCUGGGUUUCAGGUGACCCCCGCACCACUUUGCUUUUAGUUGAGCCUCGCUGUCUUUCUUAGCCUGUCUAAAGGCAAAAACUGCUGCUGAAUGCCCCCAAAACCCCCCAAACAGUAACGCUUGUUGUGUUACAGCCCGAGAAAAAGCUAUUUUGGAUGCGCUAUAGGUGACAUGUCAAGCUCACACUUCAGCACCUUGACCUAAGGGAUGUUAAAAUACAGCAAAAAGGAUGCUCAGGGGGGUCAAACAUGUAGCAAGAGACUUAAAUCCGCCGAAUUGGAUGGUUACAGCGAACGGCAUCAGGGAAACCAAGCCUGAGGAAUGGGAGAUGCUUAAAAAACCCCACCUUUUACAAGUAAUUUGUGGAAGCAGCGGGUGAAAUUCUUGCUUCUUGUGUUUGGGUCGAUGCUGGGUUCUGUAUAACCUGUAGCAGCUGUAAAGUUGCGCUUGUUGAACUGGUCGCCUCAAGUUAUAUUUAAUAUCUCUUGUGUAUUUUUUUUGCAAGGCACUGAAUAACACCGUCCUAAAUGAUUUUUUGCAUCGGUGUAAGCUAAGUGAAGAUAUAGAUAUACAUACAUAUAUAUAUAUAUAUAAAAUAAAUAUAGAGAGAAGAAAUCUUUCAGGACAUUCACCAGAAAAGCAGGGCUUUGAGGUAACCCGUACUUUGUGAUACGCGAAUGUUUUGUAAAUCCGUAAUGGUGCAUGCACACAAUUUUCCGUUCCAAUACUUUUCUAAGUGUUCGACGUCUGGUACAAAUUAAAACGGAUAAAGACAAGAUGCACGUCAGCCUCCUUCGUGCAAACAGCUCUCACCCAUUCCCACAGCGCUGCAGACAGAAGUGGCAUUUUUCGUCUUGGCUGUCCCUGCCUCCCCAGCCUGUGGGUGCCUUUGUUCGCUUUCAGCACUAAAUUUGGCCUAAAAACCACAAUUUCAGUUAACCUUUUCUCCUCCUCUGCUCCUACUAACGGUAUCGCUACCAUGCAACAAAUAUCUAAUAAAUCCAAUGCGCUGGUUGGGGCCAGGGGUUUCUUCUUCUCAUAGAAAGUCAACACCCACUUAUACCUUGUAUUUACUCCAUCUAUUUUCUGUCUAAUAAAAGAGUUUUUACA